AUGGAUGACCAUCUUUGGCAAGAAUACGGCCUCAACACAUCGGCAGAGUAUAAAUACUUCUAUGAGCCAGGCUCCAACGAUACCCUAGGCCACUAUGACGCUCGAUUUUUCAAUGGCAUCCUUGACGAUGAGAAGAAAGCGGAGGUCAUAACGAGGAUGGUCCGGGCGUAUCUAAACUUCUUCGACGAGAAUGGCUUAGAGACAUGGAUUGCACAUGGUUCUCUUCUGGGUUGGUGGUGGAAUGGCAAGAUGCUCCCCUGGGAUUGGGAUGUUGACACCCAGGUAUCAGAUACCACGCUGAUCCACCUGGCGGAUCUUUUCAACCAGACUGUCGUCGAAUACAGCGCUGCAGACUCAAGCGUGAAGAGCAAAUACUUGCUUGACAUUAAUCCUUGGGCUCGAAAUCAUGAGACAGGUUUGGGGUUAAAUAUAAUCGAUGCCCGAUGGAUUGACAUUGGAAGUGGACUUUAUGUCGACAUCACUGGUCUCAGAAGAACGAUUCCGGAAGAGCCUUAUAUAUGGCAGUGUAAGAACUUCCACAGAUAUCGAACGGAGGACCUUUUUCCGCUCCGCAAAACGACAUUCGAGGGUAGCUCAGCCCAUGUGCCUUUUCGAUAUGAUGCAGUUCUGAUAGAGGAAUACAACGAAACGGCCUGGGUGGCGACGAAGUUCCACAACCAUACAUGGUACCCGGAUCGAGCAGAAUGGGUUCGAAAUGGUUGCAGAAACGCUGCUGGAUGA